AUGAAGUUCGCAAAGGAGUUGGAGGGGGAUGCCGUACCAGAGUGGCGCAUCAAGUAUCUCAACUACAAGGCUGGCAAAAAACACGUCAAGGCGGUUGCACGAGCUACUGCCCGCGCCAAUGCGACUCCCCGAUCAGGACAACGGCCUCCUUCUCGUCCAUCGCUCACCAAUGCAUUCAGCCCCCGCCAAGGGACCUUUGACGACCGAGAUGACGACCGUGACGACGACCGAUACCGUGAUCUAGCCAGAGCCAAGGAUGAGGGCGCGGAGCCGGCGCAGUGGCGAAGGGGGGCUGGCAUUUCGACGCCCGUGGCCAUCCCUGGGGGGCGUGAGAACGACUCCCUAACCGGAGCCCCCAACCUGAUGCAUUAUGGGAGCAUCGUAGCGUCGCCGCCACACUCAGACCCGAUAAGCCCCAUCGACGACAGCAACCUCGAGCUUCCCGACCCGGCCAUGCGCUCGGCAUCGAACCACAACCAGCCGCCUGGAUCUCCCACAUACCCACGAAAGGCCAGCGGCAAGCUUCCUGUUCAUUGGAGCGCAUCGUCUUCCAACACAUAUAACGACGUUGGCAUGCAGUCGCUAGACCUUGUGCGUGAGAAGGAGAUUGAGUUCUACGCGUUCCUCGACUCGGAACUCGACAAAGUCGAGUCUUUCUACAGGUUCAAGGAGGACCAAGCCGGUCAGCGUUUGUCGGCGCUCAAGGACCAGCUCCACGAGAUGCGUAACCGGCGUAUUGAGGAGGUGGCCAUGACGACAAACGGGGGGAACAGUGGCGGGGGUGCUGGCACUCCCAAGGUUCCCGAUGGUGCCGACCACGACCUUACUAUCCCCAAGGGUCGCUCAACAUGGAUAUUGCCCAUCAAGCGCAAGAUGUUCCCGCCUGGACCCAAUUCACAGAAUUUCUCGUCCAUGCCCCAGACUCCCCAUAUAGGCGCCCUCAACAGGGGUGGAGACGCCGGACGUGACUACAUUCGCCGACCUGAGAACCAGGAAGUCUCGUACCGCACCGCCAAGCGCAAGCUCAAGCUGGCCUUGCAGGAGUUCUACCGCGAGAUGGAGCUCUUGAAGUCGUACGCGCUGCUAAACCGCACAGCCUUCCGCAAGCUAAACAAGAAGCACGACAAGGCCGUCAACGCCCGGCCACCGUACCGCUACGUCAACGAAAAGGUCAACAACGCUUGGUUCGUCAGAAGCGAUGCCAUAGACAGCUAUAUACAGGCUACCGAGGACCUCUACGCGCGCUACUUUGAGCGCGGGAACCACAAGCUGGCUGCCGAGAAGUUGCGCAGCCUCAACCGCAAGCGUAGAGACCAGGCAUCAAGCACUUUUCAGAGCGGGUUCCUCCUCGGUACCGGCAUCGUGUUCACCAUCCAGGGCCUCGUCAAGGCCGCUCAGCUCCUGAGAGAUGACGACGAAGAGGUGCGCGUCAAUACCGGCUACCUCUUGCAGAUAUACGGCGGCUACUUCCUCAUGCUCUCUCUCUUCGCCCUCUUUUGCCUGGACUGCAUGAUAUGGUCUCGAAACAAGGUCAAUUACCCUUUCAUCUUCGAGUUCGACCAGCGCCACCUCCUCGACUGGGCUGUCAUGGCAGAGUUCCCCAGCUUCUUCCUCCUUCUUCUCGGCAUCAUCUCCUGGGCCAACUUCAACAGAUAUGGUCCGGACGAUCUCUUCCUACACUAUCCCGUUAUAUUAAUCGUCGUCACGGCCGUCAUCAUCUUCCUACCGUUUCGAAUAUUGGCAUACAGAUCCCGGAAAUGGUUUGCAUACUCACAUUGGCGCCUCUUACUGGCUGGUAUAUACCCAGUCGAAUUCCGCGACUUCUUCCUGGGGGACAUGUACUGCUCCCUCACGUAUGCCAUGUCGAACGUAGAGCUAUUCUUUUGCCUCUAUUCGAGGUCGUGGGAGGACCCAUCGCAAUGCAACUCGAGCCACUCGAAGCUCAUGGGUUUCCUGUCCGCACUUCCUCCCAUCUGGCGUUUCUUGCAAUGUCUUCGCCGGUACAAGGACUCGGGCAACAUGUUCCCGCACCUGGCUAACGGCGGAAAGUACACCAUGACCAUUAUGACGGCCGUCGCCUUGUCCAUGUAUCGCAUUCACGGAUCAAGGACCAACCUCGCCCUCUUCAUCACAUUUUCUGUUGUCAACAGCCUCUACACCUCGGUUUGGGACAUUUUUAUGGACUUUUCCCUCAUCCAGGUCGACUCGAAGCACUUCGCCUUACGAGACAUCCUGGCGCUCAAGAAGCGCUGGCCCUACUAUGUGGCUAUAGUGGUAGACCCCAUACUUCGCUUCUCGUGGAUAUUCUACGCCAUCUUCACGCACGACAGCCAGCACUCGACCAUUGUCUCCUUCCUGGUCGGUCUGGCCGAGAUAUUCCGAAGGGGUCUAUGGGCCCUCUUCCGCGUCGAGAACGAGCACUGCGGCAACGUGUCGCAGUACAAGGCGUCGCGCGACAUCCCCCUGCCCUACCGGAUGGAGCCGCUCCUCAGCGGCGGCAGCACCAGCCCCAAACCUAGCAGCGAAGUCCCGCCUAUGGCCGACAGCCCUGAACUGCAACGCCCGCAUACCGGGCCGUCUCGCGGGGAUGACCACGAUCACGAUAUGCCUUCUUCUGCCCAAGAGGAAGGCAUGGCGGGGAGCUCCACGGCCGUGGCUGGCAAACAGACCCAAUCACAAAGCGGCAUGCGCCAACGCGCCGAUACGGCUAGAAGCUCUCGAGGCGGCCUAUCACGUAUCCUCGCAGAGGCUCACAAGCAGGAUUUCGUCAAGAAGCGUCGCUCUCUGAGUAUAGGCGAAGACGUCAACGAUCACUCCCAGGCCGUCGGUGAGCAUGUGGAUGAUGACGAUGACGACGAUGAAGACGACGACGAAGACGACGACAACGACGGUGUCGGUAAUCGCCAGGACGAUGUCACGAGGCAGAUGAGCCGUGAUAUCGGCGAGGCGAGAGACCUAGCUAGACGGGGGACGAUGCACUAG